AUGAUAAAAUACUUUUUACUUGUAAAUUUUUUUCAUAACUCCUGGGUGUACUCAAUCGACUGCUUUAAAUGUGUUUCUGUAAAUUACGAUUAUAAGCCAUGUGAAGAUCCAUUUCAUCACAAUUAUACGGAAGACAUUUACAAAUCGCCUUGUAUGGGGGGUAAAAAGGGGAGAAAUGGUGUUUUUCCCGCCACAUCAUGUGUAAAAAUUGCUGGUGUGUUCGAUGAUAACAAAGACGUUAUAGUUAUAAGGGGCUGUGCUUUAGACAGUGGUUCCUUAACAACGGACACAGAAAUAGUACGGAUGUCCCAUUGUGGAAGUUUUAUUUAUGAAAAUAGAUAUGCAAAAGGCUGUGUCCAGAGUUGCAAUGACGCCGAUGGCUGCAACAAUGCAAAUAUGCAAAAAAAUAAUCUCAUUAUCCUACUUUUUUACAUGUUUAUUAUUUUAAAAACACUGCCUAAUAUAUUUUAA